UUAAAGUCCCGCUCUUUUCAUUUUCUCUCACUUGAAAACUAACCAUACAAAGAUCUAUUUUUCCAUAUUUGUCUGUGCCUAAUCUCUGGAUCAAAUGUUGCAAGACCAGGCGACCAGCUCUCUUGCCGCCAGCUCUCUGCCUUCGAGCAGUGAGAGGUCUUCCAGCUCUGCAUUCCAGCUCGAACUUAAAGAAGGCAUGGAAAGUGAUGAGGAGAUCAGGAGAGUGCCGGAGAUUGGAGGCGAAUCAGCCGGAGCAUCGGUCUCUGGCAGGGAAGCCGGUUCGGUGGCCGGUCCAGACCGGGUCCAAGUGGCAGGUGAGAACCAAAGAAAGAGGGGAAGAAGCCCAGCUGACAAGGAAAGCAAGAGGUUGAAGAGGUUGUUAAGGAACAGAGUCUCUGCUCAGCAAGCGAGGGAAAGGAAGAAGGCAUACUUGAGUGACUUGGAAGUUAGAGUGAAAGACUUGGAGCAGAAGAAUUCUGAGCUUGAUGAGAGGCUCUCUACUUUGCAGAAUGAGAAUCAGAUGCUUAGACAUAUAUUGAAGAACACAACAGCAAGCCGGCGAGGAGGUAGUGGUGCAAAUGCUGAUGGAUCUUUGUAGGAUAGGGUGUGAGAGGAGGGUUUGUAAGAAAUCUAAGGAUAGAGCUACUCAAUGAACAUAUGUGAGGCAAUACAACUUUAAUAUUCUGAGACAAUAGACUUGGCAUGCUUAAUUUAGAUUAGCAUUUCCUUUAAGUUAUCUUCACUAUUACUGCUUCAUUUGCUUGCCACCUUCUUGUUCGUUUCUGUAUGCACAGAUUUUGUGCCAAUUGUGGCAUCAGAAAUGUGCAGGUAUGACCCAAAGUUUAUGACCUAUCACACAUAAUGCGUAACCAGUGGACGAUGGAAGAAGGCGUGCAUGGUGGUGUGAUUAUAGCAGGGUGAAGGAAAUAGUAGUGGUGGUUUUGCAAAUGUAGUUAAGAGUUUGCGUACUGGUUACUCUGGAAAUGUUGUAAAAGCUUUAUGGAGGAGGUUGAGUGUAUCACUAAUUCAAUGAAAAGAAACAUAAAAGUAAUAUCUAUAUUCUUUUUAAAA